CAGCUUCGUAUUCGUAACCCACCCCUCAUCUCUUCUCCUCCGAGCUUGCUGCUCGCCGUGGCGGCCCGGCCAUGUGGGCGCACUGCGGCGGCGAACUCCGGCGCUCACGCUGCAUUUGCCGAUGGCCAUCCCGACGCAUCUCUUCUUCCAUGGUUCGACGGCGGAGCCGUCCAAGGUAGUUUCUUCGUAUUCUUGUCUCCGCCGUCUUCUUCCCCCCUCUAGAUUAAUGAAGGAGAUGUAGAAGUAGAAACCUCCAGGAAAAAUGGAUACCCUUGCAGCUCUCAGGCGUUACAAGGAAAUCGCAGCUUUUGUUUUUUAAAUUUUUGUCACCUGAUUGAUCUGAUUUUUUUUCAGAUCUGUGCACAAAUAUGUAGAUUGCGUAAGUUAUCUUUUCAAGUGGCAUUAGAUUAUGUCCCUAGCUGGUCAGCGACCAUGGCAGCACGCAAGAACUCGGCCACUUAUUUGCUUACAUGUGAGCAUGUGACACUAGAUCUAGAGUUGCUUGCUUUUUACCGACUCCAGCUCGAUCCAAAAACUGCUGAACUGCUCCUUCACAAGCAUGCUAUCAAUUUGUGCCACUAGGAUGAAGACUUUUGACUUUCUAGUUGCCAAUAGUGCUAGGAAAUUCCCACUUGUGUGUCUUAUCUGACUCUCGAGAACAGAAUCGUUGCCUACAAGUAUGCAAUUUCUUAGAGGUGCCUAUCUCCUUCUUCAGUCUUCCUUCCCCAAAACUGAGAGCUCCUGAUGGAUUGGGCGGCGAGCGCUGCCGGUACCGGUGUAGGGUGGGGCAUCUCGGUCGCAGGUUGGAUUGUCUCUCCAAUGAUCUCCGAGCUCCUCGACAAAUGCUUCUCCUACAUCGGCUUUCCCUCGACAGAGAAGGUCGAGGAAAUGCAGAGGAAGAUUCUACAGCUGAAGCUGAUGCUUGAAGCGACUACUGAGGACUGUUCACAGAGGGCAAGGCUGGAGCAAUGGAUGAAGGAGCUCAAGACUGCUUUUCAUGAAGCUGAAGACAUCCUUGAUGCUAUUGAUUAUGACCGCCUCAAAAGUCAUGUCCCUUUUCAAGCUGUGAGCAGAACAAAGCAGGAUAUUGAAACUGUGAUGGAUUUUAGUGUUCCCAUUGAAUCAAGGCCGGAGCUGGAGGCAUCAUUAGAUAAGUUAGAAAUCCUAAUUGAUGAAGGACACAAUGUUCUUUCAUUGCUGAAGUCGCCAGUCAGCUGUGACUGUAUCAAAAAUACACUAAGCAAUACUGUGAGAACACACACCAGGUGUGCUUCAACUCCUUCAGUUGUCUUUGCCCGAGAUGGCGAUCUUGAUAUGAUAAGAAAAAUGCUUCGUGAUGUACCUGCUGAUGAUAAACCUUACUCUGUUAUCGGUAUCCAUGGCAUUCCAGGAUCAGGGAAGACAACCCUGACACAAUAUGUUUGUGACAAAGAAAGAGGUGAUGGUUAUUUCAACCUUAUCAUGUGGGUCCAUGUUUCUCAGAAUUUCAGUGUGGAUGCUAUCUUCACUGAGAUGUUAGAGAUAGCAUCAGGUAGGAAAAGAGGUCAGUUAACUAAUGUUGACACGCUGUGAUGGGAAUUAGAAGCAAAACUAAGGGGCAAAAGAUUUUUGUUGGUACUGGAUGAUUUCUGGGGUGAUGAAGUUGAUAGGAGACAACUUGGUCUACUACUUUCUCCAUUGAUGGUUGCGGAGAUGGGAAGCAGAAUCCUAGUAACCACUCGAACUGCAGAUGCAGCAAAAGCUAUUGGUGCUCGGAACUUUGUUUCAAUUUCCGACUUGGUUGAGGAGCAAUUCUUCUUGAUGUUCAUGCAUUAUGCACUUGAUGGUGCUAAAAUCAGUGACCAAGAAUUAUUAAGAUCACACGAAUCAAUUGGGAGAAAAAUUGCUGACAAGCUAGGAAGAUCACCUCUGGCAGCAAGAAUAGUUGCAGGACAGCUCAAAAUAAGACUGGAUUUUGAUUUUUGGACACGUACCAUGAACAGUGAGAUGCUAAACAAUGGAACUAUGGCCACUCUAUGGUGGAGCUACCAACAACUUGAGGAGCAUGUCAAGCAAUGUUUCACAUAUUGUAGUAUUUUCCCUAGAACAUACAAGUUGAAGCGCAAUGAGCUAGUUCACCUGUGGAUGGCAGAAGGCUUUGUGAAGACAACAAAAGAAACAGAGGAUAUAGAAGAUGUCAGUCAUGACUACUUCGAUGUGUUACUCUCAACCUCGUUAAUUCAAUUAAAGGGAAAGGAGUUUAACGAAGAGUACUUUACAAUUCAUGAUACGCUGCACGAUUUAGCUGCAAGAGUUGCUGGAAGUGAUUGUUUUAGAAUUGAGAAAGGUAUGGUGGGAAAAAUUCCUAAAGAUGUCCAGCAUCUGUUUAUUGUAUCCUAUGAUGAAAGAGUUUUUCGAGAGGAGAUUUUGAAUUUGAAGUCACUGUGCACUCUAAUAAUGUCUUCUAGCAACAAGAGUAUGCAUGUAGAAGAUUUCAGAAGCUUGAUCAAGAAUCUAAAAAGGCUGCGGGUGGUGCUUGUAGAGGUGGACAGUAAUUUGUCGACAAUCUCACCAUGUAUUGGUCAGCAGAAACAUCUUUGCUAUCUUGGACUUUUUGGAAGAAUAGCUCUCAUCACUCUACCGCGCAGAUUUACCGAGCUCUACCACCUCCAGAAGUUUGCUGUCAGGUGUACCACCACUGUGGAUUUCCACUUCAAAGAUGAAAUAGCCAACCUUGUCAAUCUGCGUUAUGUGAUAUGCCGUGUGUUUGACUGUUCUGACAUACGGAGGUUGACGUUGCUCCGGACUCUGUCUGUCUUCAGAGUGAGGAAGGCAAGGGGUCAUGAGAUACAGCAGCUGGAGCACCUGGACAACCUUCGAGGAACUCUAAACAUCGAAAGACUUGAAAAUGUUGAAAGCAAGGAGGAAGCUUGGCAGGCCAAGCUUGCUAACAAGGUGCAUCUCUCUGAUCUUGUACUGCAAUGGAGCUCUGAUUCCAAUUUGACGUUAGGCCAGGAGUUAGCAGAAGGGAGGGCUUGUGAUCAGAGUUCAGACUCUCAAGAGGAGGCCCUUGAGGCCCUCCGUCCACCAUUCCUUAUCACAUCUCUGAAAAUCAUGAACUACAACGGAUCAACAUACCCUAGUUGGUUCUCAAGAGAAAUGGACGCUCUCGAGAACUUGCAACAUCUCGAGCUCUCAAGUUGUAAUGCUCCACCCAUGAUCGGCGAAUCCUUUUUGUAUUUGCAUACACUUAUCAUUUCAGACUGCAGGUGGUGCUCUUUGUCAGAGAACAUGGAGAGCCUAACAUUGCUCGAGAAACUGGUCAUCGUGAGGUGCCCAAAUAUCCCGUAUCUACCAAUUUACCAUUGUUACCUCAGUCCCUAAAAAUACUUACACUUGUAAGUUGGGAAGGAUCCUUUUCGCCUGAUUACAUGGGGCGCCUAACAUCCCUAGAGGCAUUGACUCUGGAGAUGUGCAAAAACAUCCUGUUACUACUUACUACCGAGAUUACCUCUGUCCCUCAAGAUUCUCAGACUUUGGGGAGCAGCCUCUUUGCCUGAGGACAUGGAGUGCCUAACAUCCCUUGAGGAAUUGGCUCUCAGAAACUGAGAUAGUAUCCUGUCACUACCAAGUUUGUCUCUGUCCCUCAAGAAACUUGAAAUUCACAACUGCGACAUCUCACUCACGGAGACCUGUCUGACAGAUGGGCAUCCAAAUUGGAAGAAGAUUGCACAUAUCAAAGAGAAACGCAUUUCCAGUUUUUAACUUGCCAUUGCCAUAUAGCAGCCUGCAUGUUUCCUUCCCAUCCCUCUUUGUAAAAGGCUCACUGACAAGGAGCUAUACAUCUCUCAUUUAUUCAUAUUCACUCAUCAGCUCAUUUUGUUAGGGACAUUGACCAGGGAUCAGAAGAUGCAGGGUGCAGAAGAAGUAUCAUGGUGGGAGACAUCUAUAUAGAUCUAUGUCCCAAGUCACCACGCCUUUUCAAGCCAACUUGUCCAGAGUUCCUCCCACCUUCUUGGUUUGGUUGUGUACUUGUGUUCUUUAGUUUGUAUACCAGUGUUCUUUAAUUUGCUACACAUUUAUAAUUUGUGGCCUGCAGCAACAGUGGAGCUGCAGGCUCUGCAUAUUUCUGUUCCUGCAGUGUGUAUAUAAGAACUGGUUACUUUAUACAAUUACUUUAUUUGUUUCAGACAACUAAUGUAUCGUCAUUUGUCAA